CACACACACACACGCACACAAGCAAGAAGGCCAAAUCAAAAGGAAAAAAAACCACGACGCCACCCAACAAACAACCAACAAACAAAAUCGAAACACCAGACCAGACCAGCCAGUUUGUUCCCUUUGCAAGGCCCUUGUGUGCCUGUGCCUGUGGCCUUUCCCCUUUCCAACAACCAGCUGUCACCUGGCCAAAACACUCCGACCGCGCACCCCCCACAAGGUCCAAGUGAGCAAAGAAAGAGACGCACACGCAGCUGUUGACAUCACGGAUCGGCUGAAUCGUGUGGGUGAAGGAAGCUGCGCCUGACGAAACCUUAACUCCGCUUGAUUCCCAUUUUCUAUUCCCCCCCCCCCAAGCAGCAAACCAUCGAGAUCCCGCCUGCCAAAGGUCAACAACACCAAAGCACCUACCGACUGGCCUAAACUGCUCUGCGAGGGCCAACAACAACAACAACAACCACAGAAGAGAAGAAGGGUGCACCGCCAGUGCAGCCAUGUCUUACUUGCCGACAACUAUGACUGCAGGCUCCUCAGCCAAGCACACGAUGAUGCGGGGGAUGUCGACCAGCCAACAACACAAGCACGCGCCGACAUCGCGCCCGACGUCGCCGGCCUCUGUCGGAUCCACCGAUUCUGCAGACUCGGCACACUCUGAUGCCGACCAGGGUGACAUGCCGCACAAAGAGCCCAACAACACCAACAACAUGAGGUGUCGGCGCUUCAUGGACCUGUUUGGCGUCUUUGAUGUGGACGUGCUGAGCAUGGACGUGUACCCGCGGGAUGAGGUCGCCUUCCACACCAUGCACACCUCCUACGCCCUGUCCAUGGACACAAGUGGUGACAACGAGCACCACCAUCCCACCAAGCGCAGCUGCGCUGACUUGGCCCACGCCCGCCUCUUUGGCCGCCGAACGUCGGUGCCAUUGACGCAAGGCCCAAGUUACACCAGCCCCGGCUGCGUGCGAGAGCUUGCAGGGAACAACAACAACAGCAGCACGCCCCACCUCCAACAGCUGCCGCAACAGCAGCAACAGCGACACCACGAGCAGUCCAGGCUGGCCCUGGCUGAGCUCACAGUUCUGGCGCAAGAGCACUCGCUGCUGUGCAAGGCACCACAGGGCACCACCCAGCACAACGACACGCUGCACGCCAUCAGCCGAUUGCAGGCAAUCAGGCAGCAGGAACAGCAGCAGAGGAAGAAGAGCACGCGUUUCGCUGGCUACAGCUACAGCAGCAGUUUUGGGGCCGUCGCAUCUGUACACCACACCACACUCCGCCACCUUGGUCGCCAGCGCCAGCUCGACGAGCACGUGAUUCCGGCGUCGCUCGUGCCCGUCCCGUGCGGACGCCCCUUGAAUAUGCCAACGACACCGCCCCAGAGCAACGCCGCAGCGGCCACGCGCCUCGGCUACCAACAAGAUCCGCAGCAGCAGCAACAUCAGCAUCCUCAUGAGGGGCACGUGGUAAGCCGCGGCAAGGGUGUGCGCGGUGUUGGGCGCCAGCGUUCAGAUAGCACAGCCAGCACAGCGAGCACGUUCAGCUCCGCAUCCGUCGCCUCAGACGCAAGCAUGUCAGCGUCGUCGUCGCCGGCAUCGUCUCCGUCAGUGUCCAACUCAACAUCGCCCUCGCCAGGUGCAAUGGCAAAGGGCAAGUCCGCCAAGCGUGCAAAGGUCGCCAAGUUGCGUGCGCGGGAGCCCAAGCGCGUGCCGUCUUCGUCCCACCAUCACACGCACCACAAGCGCUCUCGCAGCAGCAAGCCCGUGUCGCCUGCGAGGGGGAAGCGCACCCUCAAGCACCGAUCACGAUCAUCAUCGUCCUCGUCAUCGUCAUCCUCUUGCUCUUCGUCGUCGUCGUCGUCGCCGUCGAUUGCGCGCGUGCGACCCCUGAUGGUGGAUCCCUCGGGCAACGGCUGCAUCUGCUGCGGCAUCACAUCGACGCCCAUGUGGCGUGACGGCCCCAACGACGCGCGUCUGUGCAAUGCGUGCGGCAUUCGCUGGCAGAAGUAUGGCGUGCAUUGCACAAAGUGUUCGUACAUCCCUCGCAAGAUUGAGAAGGCAAAAGGGUUUUGCCCACGAUGCAAGACAACCCUGCCUCCGCCCGUCGCAACGCGCCGCAGGCUCAAUGGCAAGGUGUAUUGAUCUCGCCAUGACAAUACGCCCCCCCCCCCCGUCCUUUCCCCAACCGUUCUGAAGAGUGGCGCUGCUGAUGGUAUCCGCUGAUGCUUCUUCGGCCAGACGACCAGCGGUGUCAGCGUGAUCAGCGUUAUCAGCGUUACAGCGGGAUUGAGCCCGAAUGGGUGACUUUGCCCCACCUUUUUUUUGCUUUUCGUUUUGCGUUGUGUUUAGCACAACAAUUGAUUGCACCCAGCGGUUUGCUGUUUCCUUUCAACAUAAUCGUUUGGUUGAUGGUGGAAUGUGUGAGCUUUGUGUUGCUGACUGAAGCGAAGAUGAUGACCCCAUGCUCCUAAGAGUGCAUUACGCGCUGGGUAUAUGCGUGUUUGCAGCGUGUGUGUGUUGUGGAUAUGUAUGCAUUCUGUGUGUGUGUCUGUGUCAGUGAGUGAGUGUGAGUGUUUGUCUGUGCAUGUCUUUUGUGUAUGAGUGUGUGUGUGUCUGUCUGUGCAUGUAUUCUGUGUGUGGUGAUAUUGUGCCUAUCUGCCACUUUCAAGCGUGGUUGUUACCCACGAUAACUCUGAUCUCUCUCUCUUUUGUUCCCCACCCUGCUUCUGCCUUUGUGCUUGACCAAGCAACAGCAACAGCAGUUACCUGAGUGCCUUGUGUGCAGCAGCCAUGAUGGCGGCACGUAAUGCGUUGCCUUUGGUGGCUGUUCCUGCACAUGCAACUGCUGUUACAACCGCUCCGCACCGAGCUCUGGUCUUUGUGCGCACGCUAAUACAAAAUCAACUUGCGAAA